AUGUUUGUACGCGUAGCAUCUCUUUCAACAAAAACAAAACAACAUAAAUUAGAUCGUUUACGGCCACCAUCACCAUGGACAAAUGAUCUUGCUGAUGAAGGAGUUGCGGUUUUUAUUGUACAAGCAAGUAAAUUUACUAACCUGUGUGCUGGUACAGUCGAUCUAGCCCAUGAUGAUGAUGUUGAUUUUUCAUACAAAAAGAAACUUUUACAAUUUAUUUAUCAAUGUCAAGUCGAACGUCGUUUAUCAAAACGAUUAACAGAAAAAUCCAUUGUGCAAUUACAUAUAACUACUGAACACGUUAAACUUUUUAAUAUUCAUCAAAAAACAAUUUUAUCUAUUCCAUCUCAUCAUAUUAUUGCUUGUUAUUAUGUUGAAUAUGAAAAAGAUCAUAUUGUUACAAUGAAAUAUGUUUCAGAAAAAGAUAAAACAUCUACAAUUGAAUUAAUGGUUUUUCUAUUAAAUGAUCGAUAUGAAGCUGAUCAAUUAUGUUCAUCAAUGGAAUUUUGUUUUCGUGCAAUUUAUAUAGCUAAUGAGCAAAAUUCUGAUAUAAGUAAAAAAUUAUCAUUACUCACUUUAUCACUUUCAUCACCUCAACAAUUACGUAAUUCAUGUGGAUCACCAACAUCUUCAACACCAUCAACGAUUCGUUCUUUAUCAUUAGCAUCAGCUUCUUCAGCACGUGUUAUUUCACCAGAUGCAUCAACGAUUGUUGAUGAAGAGUCAUCAACUCCACGUCGAAGACAUCGACGACCACAUCAUCGAAAUGAUGAUAAAUCACCAAAUCAAUCUUUAACUAAGUCAACAUCACAAAUUAUUCAAAAUUAUCUUCUUCAUUUACAAAUUGAAUUAAAAACUGAUGAAUUAGCUGAAUUUGGAAAAUUAUUAACUGAAUGGCAAUCAAAUCAAUUAAGUACAAAACAAUUUGUUAAAAGAACAGCUCGUUUAUAUGGAGAAUCUCGAAGAAAUUUACUUGAUGGUUUGCACGAUUUUAUACCAGUCGAAGAGCAAACAUGGUUUCUUGAAUAUUUAAAUAAUCUCAAAUCGCCGUCGUCAUCACUAUUGAGUAGUAAUGAGUCAUUACAAGAUGUUGACACUUUCUGA